GAACCAUCAACAAGUUUUAGAACUAAGUAACUCUCAUUCAAUCUUCAAACGUCAAGCCCAAGUACCCACGUCUCGAACGAAUCGAGCAGGUGUUUGCCCAGAGCAUCACUGCAAUCUCGCUUAUCGACCACCAUGGCUACCAAGCCGGACGCAAAUGCCGGAGAUCCCAUCAGCACCAAGAACCAAGUGCUCAACGCUGGCGCUUCAGUAGUGCAGGACUUCGCACCAUUAAGCAAUGUCUGCGCUCACCUCAACGCCUUUCACGCAUAUGCCUCUGACCUUACACGCGUGGUGGAGGCAAAUCAUUACUGCGGACACUUGAACGAAGACGUCCGGCAAUGCAUACUCUACGAUAGCCCCGAGAAGAAUGCACGCAUCAUAGGCAUCGAGUACAUGAUCACGCCAAAGCUCUACGAAACCUUGGACGCGGAGGAGCGAAAGCUCUGGCACAGCCAUGUGUAUGAGGUCAAGUCAGGCAUGCUCAUCAUGCCGCAGGGAAAGCUGCCGGACCUGGCUUGGCAAGCGGCAGAGAACAAGGAGAUGGAGCAAGUCGUCCAGCUAUAUGGAAAAGUGUUCCACCUCUGGCAGGUCGACAAAGGCCACCAGCUGCCCUUGGGCGAACCGCAACUCAUGACAAGCUUCACCCAGCCCGGCCAAUUGGACUUUGCCAAGUACGUUGGCGACCGAGACAAAAGGUUCAACUCGGAUUAUAAGCAAAAAGAGGAGGCUCGGAAGCAUAUUGCGAGCCCGUCGGUUCAUCCCGACGCUGACCAAGCCUGGAAGGAGAAGGACAAGAACAAGGGAGUCUCGUAAUGAAAACUGUCAAACACUGAUGAGGUUGAUGCGACAACGAUUACAUCGGGGCUGUUGCAUGCAAGUAAAAAAAGGUAAUCUGCGAGGUUGAUGCAUCGCUUCCCGCCGAGGAUGCCACCGUUUAACAUUAUCAAUUAUUGACUAGUCGCAUAAGGUUGCAGGCGGGUCGAACAGGAGUUGUUCCUGGCGGGAGGCGGCGGAGGGGCGGCGGACAUUGCUGGUGAUAGGUUAGUAAUAUGGGCAAACACGGGCUAUUUGAGAGAUCAGAGACGAGC